UAAGUGCGCAGUAAACAGCAUCACCGUGUAGCGCGUGAUCACCGAAAGGGGAGCAACUGAGAGCUCUCGCUCAUAGGCGUCGAUUUUUAGAGCAAAGUGACAGACUGAGAGCGAGAACGCCCGAGCGAGAGACGAGGGAGGGAGACCGUGCAGAUAAUACUUAUCUGAAGAAGAAAGCCUAAACCGUCUUAGCUAUCGGACUUCUACUAUGAGGAAGGGAUGCUGGAUGUACCAGAGGAGAGAAAUUCCCUCAUCCGGAGUCGUAGCGUUGAAUCAGCACGAGCCCCGUUUAAUAUUAAAUAAAUAGGCUCGCGCGCGUAAGAAAAAAAGGGGGGAAAUAAGAAAGAAGGGAAGAGGAAGGUAAGGAAGUAUGUUCCGAGGAUGAUUUCAGCUAAGCAAACUCCGGAGAAGAGCCGAUACCGCCUCCAUUAUCUCGUUUGGCACAACAAAUACCGGCAGUUGGAAAAAGAGCUCUCGGCGAGCGAGCAGGUGGACUUGGAGGUGCUAGACCCUCGGGGUCGCACUCCUCUGCAUCUUGCUGUGACUCUAAGCCACCUGGAGUGUGCGCGAGUGCUGUUGCAUUAUGGCGCUGAUGUCAGCAAAGAGAACAGCAAUGGUUGGACAGUUUUGCAGGAGGCCAUCAGCUUGCGUGAUGCUGAGCUUGUGCGGCUGGUCUUGUGUCACAGAGACUACCAGCGCACCAUUAAGAGACUGGCAGGGAUCCCCAGACUACUAGAAAGGCUGCAGCAGGCACAAGACUUUUAUGUGGAGAUGAAAUGGGAGUUUACAAGCUGGGUGCCUCUGGUGUCCCGAAUCUGUCCGAGCGACACAUAUCGAGUGUGGAAAAGUGGCCAGUGCCUUCGAGUAGACACAACACUUAUGGGGUUUGAGCAGAUGACUUGGCAGCGAGGCAACCGCAGCUUCAUCUUCAAAGGACAAGACUCCAGUGCUAUGGUGAUGGAGGUGGACCAUGACAGACAGCUAGUGUUCUGUGAGACACUCCCAUGUCUCUCGUCCUCUCCCUCAUCUCGUCCUCAAAGCACCGCUCUCAGUCUGUUGGGGGUUCUGCAGCCCAGUGAUGAGCAGGUGGCUGCUCGGCUCUCUGCCCCAGUGGUCACAACGCAGCUAGACACCAGGAACAUCGCUUUUGAAAGGAACAAGACAGGCAUUCUCGGCUGGCGAAGUGAGAAAACAGAGGUGGUGAAUGGCUAUGAAUCCAAGGUGUACUGUGCCUCUAAUGUAGAGCUGAUCACUCGAACACGGACUGACCAUCUCACUGAACAGCACAAAUCCAAACCCAAAAGUGGUAAAACACCACUGCAGUCCUUCCUGGGUAUUGCAGAGCAGCAUAUAGGAACUAACAAUGGGCAAACAAUGGUGACCCAGAUGUCCUGCCCUGUGAUGAACAGCAGAGCAGUGACAGCUGAGGAAUACUUUAAUCCAAAUCCGAGUCACACCCACAAAGAUAUUGGUCAGCCUUGCCAUCUCACCACCAAAACACAAAGGUUCAAAGCCAAGCUAUGGCUGUGUGAGUCUCAUCCUCUGUCCCUGGCGGAUCAGGUGGCUCCCAUUAUAGACCUCAUGGCCAUCUCUAAUGCCCUGUUUGCUAAGCUCAGAGACUUCAUCAACCUGCGUCUCCCCCCAGGCUUUCCCAUCAAGAUAGAGAUCCCAAUCUAUCACAUCCUGAAUGCACGCAUCACCUUUGGGAACCUGAACUUCUGUGAGGAUGGAGGGGUGGGACGAACAGAGGCAGAUGUGGAUGGACAGAAGGGCAGCCCCAGGACAGAGACACCAUCUCCGGGCAGUGACUCAUCCAGCGUGUCAAGCUCCAGCUCGACUAACUCAUGCCAUGGAGGUGAAAUUCCAGCAUCUGUGUUUGAGGCACCACGAGGCUACAGCAUCCUUGGAGGCAACCAGAGAGAGAGUAUGCGUGAGGAGGAGGAUGACCUACUACAGUUCGCCAUUCAGCAGAGUCUACUGGAGGCAGGCUCUGAGUAUGACCAGGUGACGAUUUGGGAGGCUCUGACAAACAGUAAGCCAGGAACUCAUCCUCUCUCAUGUGACCCCAGCCGCAUGGAAAGAACUCCGCAGCACAAAUCCAGCCCUGAGUCCAGCUCUGACAGCACACCAACCAAUGAGGCGCCACGCAGCUAUGAUGAGCAGCUACGACUGGCAAUGGAGCUAUCAGCACGCGAACAGGAAGAGGCAGAGCUCCGGCAGAGACAAGAGGAAGAAGAGCUUCAGCGCAUCAUACAGCUGUCCCUCAUGGAGAAGUGAUACGAAUCUGAGCAAACGAAAUUCAAGGGGCAGGAGAGCAUAUGCAGCAAUAGUGUAAAGAGGACUGCGAUUCUCUCCUCUCCCGUGUUCUGCCUCUGCUCCUCCAGCAACCCGUUUAAAGCUCAAGGAUCCAACAGUCCAACAGUCACAGAGAUCGGUCUCUGUCCAAUUUUUACAAGUUUACAACCACAAGCUAUUCAACUCAUGGGCAGUCAACUGAGACAUUCAACUGGUGUAUAAGGUGUACUUUCAUUUCUUUUUCAGGCAAUUCAACACAGCUCACAGCUAUGUCAGGGAUCUCAGCAUCUCCCAUAAAGCCAUUUGUUACCUAGAGUUCCUAGAGUGCCACUCACACUAAGACUCAAGUCCUCCCACUGAGUACCAAGGGAGAGAGGUUUACAAAACUUUAUUGCAUCAUUUUUUUAUGGAAUUGGAUGAAUUAGGUAUCGUUUUUAUUUUGCACAUAUUUCAAUUGCACUCUUAUAGGAAGCAUAAGGAGGCUCCUUAUGCUAAGAGGUGCCCGUUAAUGAAACAUGUACGUGUAGAGAAUGUCUGCCUCACAUAGAGGCUAAGUUAGACUGUUGGCCACUACUCAAAAUGCACGAUGGAAACAGCAUGAUCCUGUCUUCUUCAUUUUGGCACCUCAUGCCUGCGCUGCUUCGUUUUAUUUAUUUCAAUGAGCAAGAGAAGGUUUUAAUCGGCAUACGUGGGACUGCAAGUGCGUGGUCACUAAGAAGUGUGAAUAAUAUUGUAUGAUAUUCGUGAGAGCUUUCUGGUCUUUUUCAGGUUGGUAAUUAGGCUAAGCAGAAGUGUACUCAAUGAUAAAUUAGAGCCUCACUGCAAUAUUUAUACUUUGUGUCAUAAACACAAUUUUAAACAAAUCAGAAAACAUACAUUAUCAUGUAUGUUUUAUACUCAAUAUGGUGCUAUGGUAUUGUCAUUUCCAUGUAAAAAUCUAUAGUAUGUUAUUUUCUGUUGGAAUUAACAACUAAGCUCCCUAAUCUUUUCAGUUUCUUUUCUGGCUUCCAUGCAGUGCUUCCCGACCCAGGCUUUCAGAAGCCUCUCGAUUCCUUCACCGUAACACGUCACUGGAGCUCCUGAUUCAUCCAGUCACUGUACCAACUGUUGGCCAAUCAGGUGCUCCAUUGCAGGGAGGAAACAGCAAGGGCUAGUUUCUCUGAUCCAGAUGCAGUCUCACACUGGACAACAAAUACUAUAUCUCGAAUGAAGAGUCUCUAACGAGAUUUUCUCCGUGAUUUGACAAUCUGGGUCUAAGCGACUGGCAACAAUUGUAUUCUAACUGCAUAAAAUACUGACACAAGAUUCCUUUCAAGCACAAUUUAACACAAAGCAGUUGGGCUCGGUGAUUAAAGCCAGUCAAGAAAUGACCAAAGGGCUGACCAGCAGCACAGAACAAUAGAGGGAACGUGUGUAUAUUUAUGUGUAGAGUUGAUAUGUAAAGACGAUUAAGCAUAUAAAGAGAGAAGUGAUUAUAAGGAUUCAGUUAUAUAAAAAUGCUUGAUGUGGUUAUCAUUAAUAUUAAACCAACAUAUUCCACUGUUUUUUAUUUGCACCUGAUAUGAAUGUGGAGUGUCACUAUGGUGUCUGUAUGAUGUGAUAGAACUCACUACGACAACGCUGCUCAAAUUUGUAACCUCAAGAAAUUGAAUAAAAAGAGAAAAUUUCA